CCCGCAGCCCGCAGCCCGCCAUCCUCGCCAGCCAGGUUGGCCGCGCCGGCCCCGCGCGCUGAUUGGAUAGAGAGGGGGCUCGACGGUGGCCGACGCGGGACAGUCUGGCGGUGGCAGGGGUCUCGGAAACCAUGGGUUAUUGCAGUGGCAGGUGCACGCUUAUCUUCAUCUGUGGCAUGCAACUGGCUUGUGUGCUGGAAAGGCAAAUAUUCGACUUCCUCGGAUACCAGUGGGCACCCAUCCUCGCAAAUUUUGUACAUAUUAUUAUCGUCAUUCUUGGUUUAUUUGGAACUAUUCAGUACAGACCUCGUUACAUAACAGGAUAUGCUGUCUGGCUAGUCCUCUGGGUUACGUGGAAUGUGUUUGUUAUCUGCUUCUAUCUGGAGGCUGGAGACCUCUCAAAGGAGACAGACCUUAUCCUGACUUUCAACAUUUCAAUGCAUCGAUCCUGGUGGAUGGAAAACGGGCCGGGAUGCACGGUGACGUCUGUGACGCCUGCGCCUGACUGGGCCCCGGAGGACCAUCGCUACAUCACGGUGUCGGGAUGCCUGCUGGAGUACCAGUACAUAGAGGUGGCUCACAGCGCGCUCCAGCUCCUCCUCGCACUGGCAGGGUUCAUCUACGCCUGUUAUGUUGUGAAAUGCAUAACUGAAGAAGAGGACAGCUUUGAUUUCAUAGGUGGCUUUGAUUCUUAUGGCUAUCAAGGGCCUCAGAAGACAUCACACUUACAACUACAACCGAUGUACAUGCAAAUUCCCUUGGAUAACAACUGAUAACACAUUCUAUAUAUCAGCAUCAAGUGAUAUGCUGAAUUGCAAGCGAAGAUCAAAAUAGAAAGUCAAAAUGAAACAGAGGACUUCAGUAUGUCAGCCCAUGGACCUCUCAAAGAACUUGUUCCACAGUGGCCUCCUGCGUUUUACAAAGAGCAAGAAGCAAAGGAAUUUUAAUAUAGAUACAUAUGAACAGAACAAACACACGGGUUCUACAUAUUCACACACAUACACAUGAACACACACACACACACACACAAGCAUCAACAAACCACUUCCACUUAAUCUCCAGACCAGUAUGGAGGUCACGCCCAUCCUGGAUCUCCUGAAAGCAGGUUCCUUUCUCCCAGGCCUUUGAAAGUUCCAAAGGAGACGUACUGGUGUCCUCGCCUGGCCCGCCUCACUCUUCCACAGCCCAACUGUCAGCCUCUGUGGACUGGGAAGUCAUCCAGGGCCCAUUUACUUGAGAGCCCUUUUUCUGCACUCUAAAUAUCUCCAUAGCACCACAGCUACUUAGGCAAUGUAAUCACAGAAACAAACAUCAACACCUUGUACCCGACAUCCACAAUGGCAGGUUGUUGGCCCUAAAGGCUGUACCGCCCACACUUGCCUUAACCCACCUACGUUGUGUGCAGACCCCCGGCCACUUUCUUAGCUAACACACUGCUGUCCGUUCUGAGUGAGCUCAAGUGUGUUUCGCAUCAAGGAACGAGACUGACCAGCUCAGCAGCUCCCCUGUGUCCCCGUAAGGAAACUGCCAGCGGCCAGCCAAGUGCUUUACCACUGAGCCUCCAGGUGGCCAAAAGAGACAAUACCGAUAACAACAGUAAUAGCCGUCAUCUUUAUAACCCUUAUAUACGGUCUUCCCAUGGGGCUGGGGCGGGGCAAAGUAAACCUUAUGAUCUACUAUACUCAUUAAUCUACUGGAAGCAGAAACGGCUGAAGUCACUAACUGUAUUUAUUGCACUCUAGGUGCUUUUCUAAGUAUCUACAGAUGUCUUUUACUAACACAGAGAACAGCUGUGGAUUUCUAUCAGCAGAGGCCAACUGACUAUGUAUUAGCUAUGUUUACUCUUUUAUAUCUAAUUCAGACUGAAGACCCGAUGUAGGUGAACUUUCUUUUCUAACUUUGGUGUACG